AUGAUUAAUGCUAUAUCUUCAGAGUUUUCUGAUUCUAUUCAUUGCUUAUGCCUAUUUCAUAUUGAUCUUAACUUAAAGAAAAAUCUUCGAAACAAAUUAGAUUCUGAUGAAUUUCAAAACUUUUGUGCAAAUAGCACACAGCAUGUGAAGAGUUUAAAUCAAAAAGUUCAUGACUGUAUUAAAUCUAAUUCUUCACUUUUAGAAUUAGUUAAAGAAAUUCAAGAUUUACUUGAUAAGAAGUCAGAAUAUGUAAGAAUGGAAGAAUAUAAGGAUCAAAUUCCUAUGGUUAGACUUGCGACAGUACCUAAAACGUUUUUUAAAUCUAUUGAGAUAAUAGUUUCACAAUAUCUAUUACUAAGAAUGGUUUUUGUCGUAUAUAAGCAACAAAAGCAAGAAUUAGAGAAUGUUGAAUUUGAUAUUAGAAAUCCUGUAAUAAUAACACAAAAAGGAAGACCUCCUGAAAGAGUAAAGAGUACAAUCGAAAUUCAAGAUAAAUAA